CAAGAACCGUCAGUCGGCAGCGAGAGCUUGUACUAAUCCCUGCGCUUCUCUGGCUCGCAGGUGCUGGAAGCAGGCAUCCUGGACAAAAUAUCCCCGGAGGAGCGCAAGAGGCAGGAGGCAAUGUUUGAGAUCAUCACUUCUGAGUACUCGUACAUGCACAGCCUGAGUGUCCUGGUGUGCCACUUCAUGAGGUCGGAGGAGCUGAAGGAGACCAUGACUCAGACAGAGCACCACCACCUCUUCUCCAACAUUGGCGACAUCCUAGCAGUCAGCACGAGCUUCUUUGAAGACUUAGAAAAGCGACACCAGGAAAACCUCCUAAUGCCUGACAUCAGUGACAUUGUGGAAGAACAUGCCUCGAACCACUUCAAUCCUUAUGUUAGUUACUGCUCCAAUGAAGUCUAUCAGCAGAGGACGCUUCAAAAGCUGCUAGCCACAAACCCCACAUUUAAAGAGGCCUUGAAACAAAUUGAAAGGAAGCCAGAGUGUGGAGGCCUGCCAAUGAUAUCAUUUCUCAUUCUCCCUAUGCAGAGAGUAACACGGCUUCCUCUGCUGUUAGAUACUCUCUGUCAAAAAACAAAAGCAUGCACUGCAGCAUACGGAGCUGCCACCAGAGCUCUGAAAGCCAUCAGCAAGCUGGUUAAGAACUGCAACGAGGGAGCUCGUGCUAUGGAGAGGACAGAGCAGAUGUACACCUUGCAGAAACAGCUCGAGUUUGGAAAAAUGAAGCCUUUUCCAUUGAUUUCUGCUUCCCGCUGGCUGUUGAAGAGAGGGGAACUCUACCAGCUCCUUUCAGAAGAGGCAGGAAUCUUCCGCAAAGGCUCUGGCAGGGUUUGCUACCUCUUUCUGUUCAACGAUGUCCUAAUCAUAACCAAGAAGAAAAGUGAGGAGAGCUACACCGUAAUGAACUAUGCUACACUGGAUCAGAUAACAGUGGAGAAAAUAGAGAACGCAGACCCACCUUCCCCUCCUCCUGGCAAAACAGGGACCAGCGGCACAGCCCGCAGCGCAGUGAGCGGGCACCUCUUCAGAGUGCUCAUGGAAAAGAACAGCGAGGGCAAACGAGAGGAAAUCGUCCUGUCGGCAGAGACUCUGAGUGACCGGGCCCGGUGGAUUGCUGCACUGAUGCACAGAGAAAAGGAAAAACCUGACACCACUCCUAAAGGAGAUCUGAGCCAAGUGGAGAUAACCCGGGCCUACCUGGCUAAACAAACGGAUGAGAUUUCACUACAGCAGGCAGACGUUGUCCUGGUCCUGGGUGAAGAGGAUGGAUGGUGCUGGGGUGAGAGGCUCAGAGAUGGUGAAAGGGGCUGGUUUCCCCAGUCCUGCGCCCGGCAGAUCACCAACCGCAUGGCUGUAGAAUGCAACGUGCGCCGGAUGGAGAGGCUGCGGAUAGAGACAGAUGUGUAGGUUUUGAGCCAGGGAAAGAAGCCUCUGUCCUGACUUGAUUUCAGGGGUCUUCAAGCCUCUGCAGACUGAGCCCACAGCAAGAAGAAACGAGGAGGUCCGUUCUUGAAUUUUGUCUCAAACAGCGAGAGAAGGCAGAUCUUACUGUUCAAUAACGGUCUUUGUAGAAGCAGCAACAGCAGUUAGUUAAUGUGAGACCUGGCAUCCAAGCACUUCUGGCCAACGCUCUGGUAAUCACCUGGCUUCAAGAAGUAGCCAAUGUAUUGGCUCUUGUUCUUAAAAAAUUAAACUUGAAAAGGCUGUGGCUGUGUUCCAGGGUUCAGAGCACUGGCUCGUGUUGCCAUUGGGCCGCUGCUGCACACCUUGCUUUCGAAGACACAUGGCCUAGAGAGAGCACCCCUGAAUCAAGGAUUUUUAGGAAUUUAAAUCUGUAUGCUGGGCUUAUUCCUUGACACAAUUUCUCUUCCCUCCUGCCCCUUUUUUUUUCCUGAAAUUAUUCCUGGGUUUUUUGAACACAAUUGUAGCCUCUGCAGGGGAGGUGAUUCCCAGUCUCUUUCAGUCAUUUGCUAAACUAGCAGAUGCCAGAAGCUGGUGCAAUUGAGUCAGUCUCGUGGACUCAGCGCUAGGGCCAGUAAUCCUAUGUUCCAGCCAGAGGGAAGGGCAUUCACACAAGGAGAGCAAACCCAGAAGUAUAAAGAGCAAUGCCACAGUUCCUGGAUGGCCUUUCCAAGCUCCUUACUCCGUCCUUCUUCCUCGCUGCCACACAGCAGCGAAGGGGGAGGAUAGCAGGUGCAUGUGUCCAGAAAGAGCAAGAGGAGAUGUACUCAAGGAGGUUGAAACCUCAGCCUUCCAGCAUGCAGAAGGGUCACUUGUCCUGCUUUUUUGCUCCAGGCAUUAGCCCUUUUCUUUAAUCACUUGUAGGCACUGAGACAGACUGGUUGUUUUGUGGUAGCGGAGUAGUUCGUAUAUGGGGUUUUAAUGGGUCAAAUGCUUAAUUUACUGAGUCUUUCGAAGAUGUGGCAGAAGGCAGGUCCGUGGCGGCUCUGUUGGUCGGUGUGCAUUUCAGAUGCAGCCCUCCUAACCAGAGGGACAUCGCUCCAUGUGAAAAGGAGAUGGUAGUUCUACUGUUCUGAGUAAGGCAGUUCACUUUGCCAUCUUGAUUUGGAUUCUAAAUGGGUAGCAUUGCUCCAAUUGUCCCAUUUCCACUGGACUGUUUAGGGAUUAAUUACACUAACAAUAAAUUCUUGGGUCCUCAUGAAAAGUGUGUCCUUUCUUCUUGCCCCAAAUUAAAUGGAACCCAACAUGAGUAGCACUGGAUCCUGGGCUUAAUAUGUUAGUGAUGUGGGAUGUCCUCGAGAACUACAGCGCCAGUCUGAAGGAAGCCAAGGACUUGGAUCUUUCCUGCUGCCACUGCUCCAGGGAAAGCUUCCUUCGGGUGGCAGAAUCUUUCUAGCCUCUACUUGUUCUCGACAUGUGCAUGUCUUGAAACAGCUUUCAAAAUCGAUGAUUGCUUUUGUUUAAAAAAAAAGACUAAAACAAGAACUAAGCAUCUGCUAUAAACUGCAACAUGUUUCAAGUGUAAUUGAAUGAGAGCUACAAAAUAAAUAGAAAUUCAGUCA